AUGUUGACCGAAGCACCAGUAGGCUUUCUUAGGCAGUACUCUGUGGAGUUCAUUUCCCUUUCAGUAUUCUUCUUCAUUUGCAGUGUAGCUUGGCGGCUUUUGUCGCCCAAGCUGUCUGGCAAAGAUGCAGGUGGUCCGGUCAAAGAACUGAAAGAAAAGAGCAAGGGAUUCUACGGGGCACCUGAAGACACAACUGUAGACUUUUCUGGCGUCCGGCCCUACAAGCCAGACUUCGAUAUCCAUGCCGAGGAGCCAGAGCAAUGGUGGCGGGAUGGAUACAUCUCCGACCGCGUGUACACAGCCACCAUGGCACUUCGAAACCUUACGUUUGACGACUGGCUUCGAAUCGACAAGAACUACCCCAGCCGCAUGCAGCACAAGAAGAAUACCUUCGCAACCAUGGGCGCCGAGGCCAUCGACUGCCGCGAGGGCGGCUACGACGCGUGCGCCGAGCUGCUGGCCAUGCUAGUAGAGUACUUACCUCGGCGAUUUCCCACCGUCUUCACGCUGUCCAGCGACGGCAGGACCAUCCACAGCCACGUCACGGGAGAGAGCUUCGAGAUCAAAGCGCCGUACGGCGGCCUGCAUCCUCUAGAGAUCAUCGGCAGGAUCACGGAAGAGGACCUCUCGCUCCUGACCGAGGGCCCGGAUGGCGAGUACGUGCUGAAAGCGACGGUGUCGGCGUUUCCGGCGGGCUUUGACAUCCAGGCGAAGAUGGACAAGCCGCUCACGGAGAUCCAUGGACCGGUGCCAACUUAUAAGGAAAAGCUGCAAAAGGCGAUGAACAAGUUCUUCAAGAGCGUCGGAGCAUCCCGCCUCGUCAUGCGCGUCAACUGGAGCAUCAACGACCAUGAAGAGCUUUUCCUCGUGGAUGGACAUCUCUACGAAGGCGACGAGGACGCCGCUGCAGACGAGACCAUCGACAUCAACGAGGUGCAGCUGCGCGUAGAACGGCAGGUGAUCCGGCGGCUACCUCGAACAGGCGCAAUGUGCAUGCUCACGAAGACGUACUUAUACCGACUGGUCGACAUCGCAGACCAACCCGGCUUCGCGGCACGGCUGGGCGGCCUCCUGCACAGGCUCCCCGAGAAGUUUGCGUUCUACAAGGGCAAGCCGGUGUGGGGCAAAGUGGUACUGGAGUACCUAGACGAGAUGGCAGCGAAGCAUCCCGCACUGGCUAGGAGAGAAGGAGAAGAAGAAGAAAAACAAGUCUGA